UGUAUCGUGCGUCUGUGAUAGCGCAAGCUAAGUUGCUGUGAAUCCCAUGAGACUGGUGAUGAUCAUGUUUAGAUCAUGAGCAAGGGUUUCGGAUCGCGUUCAAGCAGCUCCGAUGCGCAGAUCAUGAAGAUAGCGGGUUCCUGGAUGCCACUGAUCUUGAAUGUCCCGACGGCGCAAAUCUCGGAGCGCACCUUGCGGUUUUACCGUUGUUGAAAAAUUUGCGACCCAACCGAAGCCCGAAACAGGCGCAGCCCACAGUACGCACAACGGCAGCGCGAACGAGAAGACGAGGACGCACGAAAGGCGUGCUCGAGCCACGCAGAGAGCGAGCGCUUUGCCAUUCUGUUACGGGUGACACUUUCUACAUGCCCUACGGCGUCAAGCUUGCCGGUGGAGACUUCAUCACUGCUCAUGAAAAGGCUAAACUGAAGGCACGAACUGAUGAAGAAUCCAACUCUCCUGAUUCGUGCUGCACUAAGCCGAGAUCAGCGUGCCCACAACUCACGAGCAGAGUUCAAGAAUACAUACAAAUUGAAGUCCAAUCCACGAUAAUCAUACUUCUGGAACCUAAUAACGAAGCAACAAAGGGCGUGAGCGCUCAUAAAGGAGUUCGAGAUCGAAGAACGGAAUAUGUCCACAUCCAAAAUGACAGUAUUGAGAUGGUCACGCAGCAGAGGCGGGAGCGGAUGUGCGUGGUUUCCGUGUCCAUAGUCUACCAAAAGAUCAAGAAAAAUAUGGGGAUUGCCGCUGCGGCGGCGCACACGAUCCUUACCGGGUAUGGGUCUACUACAAACACGGCAGCUAGGGCCGGAUCCGUCGAGCAUGUGAUGAGCAAGCUAGGAGAGGCGGGGAACUAUCGUGUCGCUAAACCCGCUAUAGGCGAUCAGGACGUCGAAACGAAACGUGCCAUGCAUAAAGAUGUGACCGUGCUCGACCGUCAUGGUUAAAGCCACAGUGACAUGGUCCACGACAGCGAUCCUAAGGUGCAUCGCAUCGGAUAUGGUCGUUGAUCAAGUUGCCGUGGGAUUUGCUCAUAGCCAUGUAACCAUUGCCAGUUCCCAUCCUUUUUUCAUACCCCUCUGCAUCAACGUGCAUUAAACUUGAUAGGGCCUUCGGCGAGCUGAAUGUAGGUAGGUGAGAUAA